CAUAAAUAUAUAUGGUCCCAUAUCAUUAUUAUUAUUAUUAUUAUAUAUAAAGGAAGCGUCUGGAGUAAAGUUGCAAUAAGCUCCAUAAUACAAUGGCAGUGGCGGUGGCUGCAGGGAGUGGCAAGUGGUCGCUCGGAGGAACGACGGCGCUCGUCACCGGCGGCACGAAAGGGAUCGGAUUCGCCGUCGUGGAGGAGCUGGCCGGGCUCGGGGCAAGCGUGUACACCUGCGCGCGAAACGAAGCGGAGCUCGACGGCUGCCUAGCCCAAUGGAAGUCCAAAGGCUUCACGGUGAGCGGCUCCGUGUGUGACGUGUCAUCUCCGCCUCAGCGCCAGCAGCUGAUGGACAAAGUCGCUUCCCACUUCCACGCCAAGCUUCACAUCCUCGUAGUGAACAACGUGGGUACAAGCAUAGUGAAGGCGAGCGUGGAUUACACGGUGGAGGAAUUCAGGUGGCUGAUGGGCACCAACCUGGAGUCGGCCUUCCACUUGAGCCAGCUGGCGCACCCUUUGUUGAAGAACUCGGAAGGGGCCAGCCUGGUCUUCAUGUCCUCUGUCGCCGGAGUCGCUUCUGUCAGUUUUGGAUCCGUUUACGGCGCAACCAAAGGAGCCAUGAAUCAGCUAACCAAGAAUCUGGCAUGCGAGUGGGCCAAGGACAACAUAAGGGUCAAUUCAGUGGCUCCUUGGUUUACGACGACUCCUCUCGUGGAAUCAUUGCAGCACUUGGAGGAUAAGAAAUUCGAGGAGAGUGUGAUAGGGAGAACUCCGAUGAGGCGCGUGGGGAAGGCGGAGGAGGUAGCUUCAUUGACGGCCUUCCUCUGCAUGCCCGCUUCAUCGUACAUCACUGGCCAAACCGUUUGCGUCGACGGUGGGAUGUCCGUUCACGGCUUCACCUUCCCCUAAUAUUGUUUACUGUAACCGGCCUUUGCUCUACUUUUCGGAGCCAUAACUACUAUAUCAUUUCAUUCCAGCUUGAAGAUCAUCUCCUAGCAGAAGAUAUAGAAGAUUUUAAGCUUCGUAAUAUUGUAAUCUCUCUCCUUUUUAUGAACUAGAUCUAUUCAUGCAUUUAAGUUGAUGAAUCCUAAUUCUAGAUUUCGGAUUGUUUGUUGAUGCUUGUGACAAAUCUCAAAAUUGUGCUUCAUGCAUUUGAUGGAUCUUAAUUUCAUCCCUCAAUUUGAGACUUUUUUUUACCUAGCCGGGAGGGUCGAAAAUCCGCUUAUAUUCCAUUUUUGGCAAUUCAUAUCGCU